AUGUGGCAUAUUGAGUUCUACAAGACAAUCCAUCUGAUUCAGUACAUUGACGAAUUGUGCGAAAUGACCGACGGAAAGACUCUUGCAAUCAUAUCUGUAUCCGACAAGACUGGUCUUCUUCCCCUUGCCGAAGGUCUUGUCUCAGCUGGACUUGUUCUUGUGGCAUCCGGAGGAACUGCAAAGGCAAUUCGAGAUCAUGGAAUCAAUGUUCAUGACGUGGCAGAUAUCACAAAGUUCCCAGAAAUGCUCGGAGGAAGAGUCAAAACUCUGCAUCCGGCAGUUCAUGGUGGAAUUUUGGCCAGAGAUUCCGAGAGUGAUCGAAAGGAUUUAGAGACCCACAACAUCUCCUUCGUUUCGAUUGUUGUCUGCAAUUUGUAUCCAUUCAAAAAAACAGUUCAACAAUCGAAUUGCUCAGUCGAAGAAGCCGUUGAGAACAUUGACAUUGGAGGCGUCACACUUCUUCGAGCAGCCGCCAAAAAUCACGAACGUGUCAGUGUGAUCUGCGAUCCUGCUGACUACGACAACAUCCUCUCGGAAUUGAAAUCCGGAGGAACUACUCGCGAACGUCGACAACUUCUCGCCUUGAAGGCGUUCGAACACACAACGUCGUACGACGAGUCAAUUAGCGGUUUCAUGCGUCGUCGUUUCGCUGGAAACGGCGAAAGGGCGCUGCCAUUGAGAUACGGCACGAACCCUCAUCAAAAAGAUGAUGCCGAGUUGUAUAUAGUGGAAGACGAAAUGCCAAUCAAAGUCUUGAACGGUUCACCGGGAUAUAUCAACAUUUUGGAUGGACUCAAUGGAUGGCAAUUGGUCAAAGAGCUCAGUGAUGCUACUAAAAUGCCAGCUGCUGCUUCGUUCAAGCAUGUCUCGCCAGCGGGAGCUGCUAUUGGUCUCCCAUUGAAUGAAACAGAAUCAGCGUGUUGUAUGGUAUCGGAUCUUCCAAUCGACCCAAAGAAAGCAUCACUGGCUGCUGCAUACGCUCGUGCCCGAGGAGCUGAUCGAAUGUCUUCGUUUGGAGAUUUUAUUGCUCUUUCCGAAAAAUGUGAUGAACUUACGGCUAAAAUUAUUAACAGAGAAGUAUCGGAUGGUGUGGUUGCCCCUGAUUAUGAUCCGGCUGCCCUCUCUCUUCUUGCCAAAAAGAAGAAUGGAAAUUAUUGUGUCCUGAAGAUCAACCCGAACUAUCUACCAUCGGAGACUGAGGAACGUACUGUAUUUGGGUUGAGACUUCGACAAAAACGAAACAAUGCCGUUAUUAAUGCAGAAACGUUCACUAAUGUGGUUGGAAAAGAAAAUGGAUUAAACAAGCAAGCAAUCGACGACUUGAUUGUGGCCACUAUUGCUCUGAAAUAUGCCCAAUCCAACAGCGUUUGCUUUGCUCAUCGUGGACAGGUCAUCGGAAUGGGUGCAGGUCAGCAGUCUCGUAUCCAUUGUACGCGAUUGGCUGGAGACAAAGCUGUCAACUGGUGGCUCCGACAGCACCCAACUGUCCUCUCGCUUCCAUGGAAAAAUGCCAUCAAAAGAUCCGAGAAAUCGAAUGCAAUCGACGUGAUGUGUAGUGGAGUUCUUGGAUCAGAGAUUGCUGUUGACCAAUGGCAGCAAUAUUUCAAUGAGCCCGUGGAACCGCUUGCUGAGGAAGAACGAAAGCAAUGGCUCAGCCAACAGACUGGAGUUGUCAUGAGUUCCGAUGCAUUCCUUCCGUUCCGGGACAAUGUUGAUUGUGCUAAACAGUUCGGCGUCUCGUACGUGGCUCAUCCGGGCGGCUCGGUUCGCGACGAAGAGAUCAAAGAAGCCUGCGAUGAGCACGGAAUCACUCUCAUUCACACUGGACUUCGUUUAUUCCAUCACUAA